UUUUGAUUCUGAGAAGGUUCAUAGUGGACAAGUCGCAAAGUAUAUGCCUGAUAUAUCUGGAGGUGUGCGUCAAUUUUUAGUUUAUGCACCAAAACUUGUUGAAAAUAGCAUAAUAGGUAACGUAACUGCACCCUUAUUACGUGUUGUUAAUGUAUCUGGUGAACCUGGAGAAAGUGUUUCAGAAGUAUAUAUGACCGAACAUCAUCAUCGUUUAUUAGGUAAACGCCAUCCAGACAUUACUAUUGAAAUUCGAACCUUAACUGGAAAUCUAGUAAAAUUCCAUUGGGGAACUUGUAUAUUAACAUUACACUUUCAACGCUCACUAUUUUAA